UCUGGCGCCAACACCCACACCACAGUGAAAGUCACAGAGAUCACAAUUUUCCCAUUCUGAUGUUUGAAGUGAACAGUAACUGAAGCUCUUGAUUUGUAUCUGCAUGAUUUUCUGCAUUGUGUUUCUGUCAAGGGACUGGCUGAUUAGAGAACUGCAUAAAACAGCAGGUGGAUGGGUGUACCUAAUAAAGUGGCCGCAAAAGUUCUACAACUGCAGCUCCGAUGCCAGUGUACAAGCAUAAAAGUAGAACAGGAAAUCUCCAAUGAUAGAAUUGUGAAGAUGGAGGUUUUUCAACCUGGUCCUCAUUGCAAUGAAAAAGAAGUAAUUGCUUUAGUGAAAUUCCGGAAAGAAGUUAAAUUGUGCCUCAACCCUAAAGACAAGUGGGUUCAGAAAGCCCUCAAAAGAAGGAAUCUGGCACUAUAGAAUACUACUGUGAUGAAGAUGGUUAAAGGAGAAGAAAAGAAAGAAGACCUGAGGAAGGAAAAAUGUCUCUUAACAUCUCAGUGUUUUUUCACUUAUCAUAUGAAUAAUUGUCUAAGCUCUAACAGUAAUUUUAUACAUGGUCUGUAUUUAAAAAAAACAGACUUCUGUGUCUGUUC